CGGGACCACUGCCCCGCUAUAAAGUUGGAGACUUGGUGCAGGUACGGAAAUCUGCGCACUCCUCCAAGAUCCACCCGCGCUACACAGGCAUUUACGAGGUAACGGAAGUUGGCGCACAGGGACAGCACUCCGUGAAGCUGAUUCCCCGUCACAACUCCCAAGCCCGACCGCUGACACGGCACGCUGCCGCGCUUCGGCCCUUCCAGCCAUCACUAGGUCCUAUACGGACCCCCGCUCCUGCGAGAUCAUCCUCUCCUUCUUUGUCUUCCUCCUCUUCCCGAUCUGCCUCGUCCAUUGGUGUAGAGAGUUUUAGGGAGCAGGAUGAACCAUCGCCAGCCGGAGCAUGAGCCCCUCGAGCAUUUCCAGACGCCGCUUGCAGAUCGCUUGUUGCGGCAUCAGUUCAAUGAGGAGAGGCAGUUGCGAUAUGACAUUCAGCAGGUGAACGUGCCAGCGCCCGGGGUUGCUGAUCUGGCAACGUACUCGUUGCUUUGUGAUCGACUGACGUACGCAGGGGUGUACGUGGACGUAACGCAGUUGCCGGGGCGGGAGACGACCCGAGUGUUCAUCGAGUUUCGGGCGCUCCAGGUGGCACCCAACUUCGUGCAUAGCGUUGACACCUUCAUCGGAGACUUGACGACCUUGGCGCCGCCGAGUCGGGAGCUGGCGCGGAGUUUUCUCACGGAGGGCCCCUAUCCUAUGCGCGAGUUCUCGGAGUAUUUGGUGGAGCUAACUGACGUGGAGCCGCUGCCCUUCGCAGACGAAGACGUGUGGGAGUUGCACCGUGCGCUUUGCAAGUCGGUGGCGUUGGGGAUGUUCCGGUUCUUCGUGGAUCCCGAAGACCACUGCAUCGAAGAGCACGUCGUCGUCUACUACGUCAUCACGUGGCCCAAGCGAGCGCAGAAGGAGGGGAUGGUGGCGCUGUACCCAUUCGCCCAGCUCCAGACGAUCGAUCCGGGACUGUUGGAGCUCAUCCAUCUUGAGCUCCUCUCCAUUGCGCAGGUGAUCGCGAGCGAGGAAGAGGAGAUCCAGCCCCGAUUGCGGACGCCGACGGCCCCGCGGAGAACGUACAACGUGGUCGUCAUCCCGGAUUACAUUGCGCAGCGCGCGGAGAGGUUGGAGGACUUCCCGGAGGAAAAUCCGUUGCGGACUCCCUCGUCGUAUCCCAGACCGGCGCCACCAAAGGCCCCCAAGAAGACGCCAAAGAGGAAGAGAAGCCACCCGUCGCCAGGAGCGCAAGGUAGCAGAAUCGGUGGCGGCGAGGAGGUGAUUCAGCCCGUGCGUACGCGGAAUCUUGACCCCGUGCUUGGGAGUGCAGCGACGCUUGUUAAGGAGACUGUCGUGCCAUCGCCGCCCUUUCCGCGCGUGCCCGAUCUCAAUCUUGAUGGAGCCGGGCCAUCAGCAGCAGCAGGAGCCGGAGGAGGGAGCCGAAUGGGAUUACCGGAUCCCUUAUCCAGCCCCCCCGUCCUCGCGGGACAGGUGGAUUUCAUGGUGGAGCCCACCACCAUCCGACUCGAGGCCAUCGCGGGGGCGCCGCGCCCUGAUCCGGCGUGGGAGCCAUAUCUGACACCCCCUUUUCAAGGGUGUAUUGCUGCGCGACUGGCUGAGACGCUCAUCUACGAGACCGGGCAGCGUCCCAAUGUGAUGUACCACUUCCUUGCCUUCGCGGCGCAGAAGCAAGAACGGCGGCCUUACACCGAGACUCACGUGGUAAUGACGGGUCCAGGGCCCCGAUCGGUGCGCAAGCGGGUGGUGCGAGCAGUGGCGGAUCUGGCGCCACGUGUCCUGUCUCAUGUGUCGGGGGCCUUCCUCUAUCCCUUGUUCGUCCGACACCACUUCCAUGAGGAGGAUGCGCCGACGACUCCCGCGGCAAUGGCCGCUUUUCUUCCACCUAUUCUGCCCCCUCUCAAUACCGAUAUCGAUCACUUCCUCUGAUCACCCUCGUCUACCUCUCCCCUCUUCUCUCCUUCUCCUUCUCUUCAUCAUCUUCCUCCCCUAUACCCAAAGUUCGCACGUCAAGACCCGC